AUGGGGACGGUAGGCGACAGCGGCGUCGGGAAGCCAAAGAGAAGGGCUUGGAGUUGCACCAAGCAAGACUUCCUCCCUGAGGAGUCGUUCCAGAGCUGGGCAAACUACACAAAGGCCUUGAAAGAGACCGGAACGCGGCUCAAGGAUCGGAUCACGUCGCGGUCUCUGGAUAACCUGGAGCUCACCGAGAUCAAGGGCCGGAGUGGGUUUGAGAUGAAGAAGACCCUCUCCUGGUGGGACCUCAUCUGGUUCGGCAUCGGCGCCGUCAUCGGCGCCGGCAUAUUCGUCCUCACGGGCCAGGAGGCUCGUGACUCAGCGGGUCCUGCGGUCAUCCUCUCCUAUGUUGUCUCCGGCAUCUCGGCCAUGCUCUCCGUCUUCUGCUACACUGAGUUCGCUGUGGAGAUUCCAGUUGCAGGUGGUUCCUUCGCAUACCUUCGAGUCGAGCUCGGCGACUUCAUAGCUUUCAUCGCUGCCGGCAACAUCCUUCUCGAGUACGUGAUUGGCGGCGCCGCGGUCGCCCGCUCCUGGACGUCUUACUUCGCCACGCUCCUCAACCACCACUCGAACGACUUCCGCAUCCACGCCACCAGCCUCAAUCCUGACUACAGCCGCCUCGACCCCAUCGCUGUCGUCGUCAUCGCCUUAGUCUGCCUCGCUGCUGUCUCUUCCACCAAGGCGACCUCUCGAUUCAAUUACGUCGCCUCCAUCAUCCACCUGGCCAUCAUCGUCUUCAUCAUCAUCGCAGGCCUCACGCAAGCCAACCCCAAGAAUCUCUCCGACUUCACUCCCUUUGGUGUGAGAGGAAUCUUCUCGGCCUCUGCAGUGCUCUUCUUCGCCUACGUAGGCUUCGAUGCAGUGUCCACCAUGGCCGAAGAGACUAAAAACCCCGCCAAGGACAUCCCACUGGGCCUCGUUGGUGCAAUGACCAUCACGACUGGCUGCUACUGUCUACUGGCGCUAACGCUUUGCCUGAUGCAGCCUUAUUCACAGAUCGACCCCGACGCUCCCUUCUCGGUCGCCUUCCAGGCCAUCGGCAUGGACUGGGCCAAGUACAUCGUCGCCUUCGGCGCGCUCAAGGGCAUGACGACCGUGCUCCUCGUGUCGGCCGUCGGCCAGGCCCGCUACCUCACCCACAUCGCCCGCACCCACAUGGUUCCUCCAUGGUUAGCCGAGGUGCACGCCACCACCGGCACCCCCGUCAACGCCACCGUGGUCAUGCUCGUGGCCACCGCCGUCAUCGCCUUCUUCACCAACCUCGGCAUUCUCUCCAAUCUCCUCUCCAUCUCGACGCUCUUCAUCUUCAUGAUGGUUGCAGUCGCCCUCCUGGUUCGACGUUAUUACGUCAGCGGCGAGACGACCGACUCCGACCGGAACAAGCUCAUCGCCGCCCUGGUGCUGAUCUUGGCCUCUUCUAUAGCGACUGCUGCGUACUGGGCGGCGGGCGGGAUGGGGUGGGUCGGCUACCUGGUGUCGGUGCUGGUUUGGUUCCUGGCGACGGUGUUCUUGUGGUGGGGCGUGCCGCAGGCGAGGGCACCACAGACGUGGGGCGUGCCGCUGGUGCCAUGGCUGCCGUCAGCGUCCAUUGCAAUAAAUAUUUUCCUGCUCGGCUCGAUCGACGGUCCGUCGUUUGUGAGGUUUGGCAUAUGGACUGCGCUGCUGCUCGUUUACUACUUCUUCUUCGGGCUCCAUGCAUCCUACGAUACUGCUAAGGCCGCCUCCAACGAUGGUGUAUAA